UUGUGCACACGCGCUCGUGCAAGCCGCUGCAGUUGAGGACGCGCUUCUACGCGCGCUCCCGCAGCGUAUAUAGACCAUUCGUCAUCGGCCCAUUCAAUUUCUUCCAGACGCUCCACUAUUCCCAGCUUGGACAAUGGCCUCCGGUGUGAAAGUCACAGAUGAAGUCAUCGCUGUCUUCAACGACAUGAAGGUUCGUAAGGCUCAGGCAAACGAGGACGAGAAGAGGAAGAGGAAGAAGGCUAUUCUGUUCUGCCUGAGCAAGGACCUGAAGAACAUAGUUCUGGAUGAGGGCAAAGAAAUCCUGCUGGGUGACCUGGGAAACACCGUCAUGGACCCGUACCAGGACUUUGUGAAGAUGCUGCCCCCAGACGACUGCCGCUACGCUCUGUACGACGCCACCUAUGAGACCAAAGAAACGAAGAAGGAGGACUUGGUCUUUAUCUUCUGGGCACCGGAUAGUGCUCCUUUGAAGAGCAAGAUGAUCUAUGCCAGCUCAAAAGAUGCCAUCAAGAGGAAAUUUGAAGGCAUUAAGCACGAGUGGCAGGUGAACGGUUUGGAGGACCUGAAAGACCGACGCACCCUGGCAGAGAAGCUCGGCGGCUCGUCAGUAGUCACCCUGGAAGGAUCUCCUAUAUAAAUAUGACUCUCCUCCGCCGCUCCGGCUUCUACCGAAGCCUCUCAGACACAUCUGUUGGGUUUAGCUGUUCAUUCCAGUUUGGCGUGGAGAAAGGGGGCAAAAGCAGAGCCAGCGUGGUUUGUGGGACUUCUGGGGAGGGCUACAGGGGGUGGGAUCAGGGAUCAAGUGACAAAGAAAACUUAAAAAAAAAACAGGCAGACUGUUGUUCCAGUUCGUGCAACAUAAGGAUCAUGAACAAAACACACCUAAAGAUACAAAUGAUGAAGGAUGACGGUGAUGAGGAAGAAAUUUAAAAAUGCACUUAUUCACGUUUAACAUCAGGGUUUCGUUCUUUCCACGUUACACUUGAAAUAUUUCAGAGACGGGGACAGAAGACAACCUUUUUAGUUUUUGCAAACAUCAAAUCGUAACAGACAAAUUAUUCCCACUACAUAAUUAUUUUUUGCCAAACUUCUAGUUAAGUUUUGUGUGUAGUUGGGACUAGGUGUAGUAUGAGCUAAUUCACUCUUGAUUGCACAAUACUUACAAAAAACCUUCUGCUGUGGGGGGAACACGGUUAAAUAUAUAUUUUUGUUUCGUCAUUCCGUUGUUAUCGUUUUGUUUUUAUUGAACAUGCAAUUCUGAGAACUUGAGUGAUUUUUUUUUUUUUUUUCCUUUUCAUUUCCUGUUGUGUCGGGAGAACUUUAAGGCAUUCGAUGUAGUGAGCAUAACAUUCCUCGUACUUGUUAAAACCAAGAUUUCCUCGUUUUAAAAACUUCGGUGUUGAUGAUGGUCUGAUGGGGAGCGAUGUGUAAAUGAGGACGAGCAGUCUGAGCUGAGACUGAAAACUGAAGGGUGGAUGUUUUGUAUCGUCUCCUUAUCUCUAAUAAAAAGCACUAAACUACU